CUGCAUGGUGUAAGCUCUAUAUAUUCCUUUUCUUUCCCAGGUCUUGGAAAACAUUAAUCACCAAAAUAAAAGUUUUUUUGAAAGCAGUUGGAAAAAAACAACAGCAACCCCGAAAUAAUAGUUACUUUAAUACAUAAAAAAGAAAACAGAAAAAAAAGAAACAUCAAUACUUCGGUAAAAAAAAUAAAAACGUAGUCCAUCAAGUGAGUGAUGAAAUAAACGAAAGUAAGAAAAUAUUUUAAAAUUCCAGUGCUGUUUUAUCGCUGACAGCAGACCCAGGACGAGACGGAAGAACAGAAUAACAGAACUCCUACAUCUCUGUAUUAGCUAAUAUUGCGGUGCAGUCUUGCUGGACAGAGACUUCUGAACCUUCCAGAUUUUAACAACAAACAACAAACGAAUUUUUAAAAAAAGCUUGUUCAAAGUUUUCUAUCAAACGUUGUGCAUUUUUAUCAUCACGGUUGUAACUACCAUCACCUCACUAAGAGGAGGCAAUAGAUGUAGAUCUAGAUUCUAGAUCUAGUUUGUUACCAUCGAACGAACAAUAAAAUAACAUCAAAAGAAAAGAUAAUUACUCAGUCGAAGAAACCUAACCAUCUUUAGAAACUCGAUCAAAGCACCAAAAAAUCUAUAAGUAAACUCAUCAUCAAGAUAUCGUAAGAGAUAAACAAACAAGCAAACUAAAAAAAAUAAGCAGAACAAACUGCGUACACACAAAGAAACAAGCAGAACUGAGAAGGUUAAACAAAAGGUGUUCGAAAUGGCAGCAGUCGACACGGCCCACUUGGCAUCUCGCGAGCAGCUCGUCUUCACCAACAAUGAGACCGCUUACCUGGCCAGUACCGUGGCCAAGCCUUUAGCGCAGUGUUUACAAG